CUCUAAAAUUCUCAUCUUUGCAAUGUGCUUCAGAUUAUUCCAAGGACAGUUGAGCAUAUCCGUUUCGGAGAUGGCGAUGAGUUCAUGAUUGAUGGAUGUAGUAGGACUGCCAUUGCUCACGUUUUCGCCCUGAUCGUUAUCUUCUUCCAUUUGCAUAUCGGUCAGUGUUCUUUCGCCUAAAGAUUUGGUUGUUUCGGAGGAGUGUUGUACAUCAUCUGCCCCUUCCGUAAUGGCAGUAGCUUGCCCAUUAGUGUUGGACAUCGCUGAAAGCUUCUAGUCACUAUACGACGUCACAACUUAAACUUGUAAAUUUGGUACCGACCAACUCUUCGCCACUUGACCCAGCUGUGCCCAUAUUUUUACUUUUCACCAUGGCUUACCCUGUAGUGCCCCGAGUCACCGAGGCCUUGAAUUCACUCUAUUCAGCUCAGGAUUCAGAAGCAAAAAAGGAGGCUAAUCGAUGGCUCGAAUCAUUCCAAAAAACUGCUGACGCAUGGUCUGCAGCGGAUUAUUUGAUUAAAGCUGACGAAUCCAACUUAGAGACGAAGCUGUUUGCGGCCCAGACCUUUAGACAAAAGAUUACCUUUGACUUGAAGGAGCUGGAUGAAUCUGGUCGCGUUUCACUUCGUGAUUCUUUAUUAUCAUUGCUAUCCGGGUAUGCUACAACCGGGCCUCAGGUCAUCAACACCCAGCUGUGCUUAUCACUGGCUAUCUUAGCAAUUCAAAUGCCCACCUGGAAAAAUGUCGUCGCUCAGUUUGUUGAGCUUUUUGGCAAUUCUGCAGAAACCAUUCCUACUCUUUUGGAAUUUCUAACUGUUCUUCCUGAAGAAGUCAAUAAUAACAAUAGGAUCCCAAUAGGGGAUGAGGAAUUUCGUUCAAGAGCAACUGAGCUACUGACGAAUAAUUCUGACGAAAUAUUGAAACUGUUGGCGGUGUACAUUCAAUCAAGCGGCUCUGACACUGCCAUUCAAAAUAGUGUCUUCAAAUGCCUCUCGAGCUGGCUCAGAACUGGAGAUAUAGACGUGAACAAGUUGGCAAACAAUCCACUGCUAGAUCUGGCAUUCAGGGCGCUCAAGGAUGAAGAGCUUUUUGAUAUCGCAGUCGAUGUGAUUUGCGAAAUCAUUUACGAAACUAAGGAUGUACAAGAUUAUAUGCCCUUGAUUCAAGUGAUUUAUCCAAAACUUGUUCCCCUGUAUCAAGACCUCGCCAUUGUAAAGGAAGAGGAAGAUGACGACAAAUUCAGAGGAUACUGCCGUAUUUUCAUUGAAGCCGGUGAAGCUUAUAUGCUCUUGCUGAUCGCACAUCAAGAGGCAUUUACUACCAUCAUCGACGGUGUUGCGGUAUGCACGGCUUAUCAUGAUCUUGACAUAGUUCCCAUGACUUUCAACUUCUGGUUCGAACUUGCCAAUUCGUUGACAAGCGAAACAUACCGGCAAUACCAGCCCCACUUUGUUCGUUACUUCGAUCAGCUAGUCGAUGUCAUGAUCAAACACUUGCAAUAUCCUGAGGAAUCAAGUGAUUUCACAAGCGAAGACCGUGAUGAAUUUAGACAAUUCCGCCAUCACAUGGGCGAUACUCUCAAAGACUGCUGUAGGAUCGUUGGUUCGCAUAGAUGUCUCAGCAAGCCCUUGAAUGUUUUAUCUGGUUUGUUAGCUGGAGCUCACACUUCAGCCACUUGGCAGCAAAUCGAAGCACCUAUUUUCGCUCUCCGGGCUAUGGGUUCUGAGAUCCCAGACGAAGAAAAUGAGGUGAUGCCACAAAUUAUGGAGUUCUUAUCUAAGCUUCCUCAUCAUCCCAAGAUUCGAUAUGCCGCCACACUAGUUAUAUCACGCUAUACCACAUGGACAAGAAAGCAUCCUGAAUACUUGGCCUAUCAGCUUAAUUUCAUAUCGGCUGGAUUCGAGAACGACGAAGUAGCGGCUGCAAGUGCGUUGGCGUUGAAGCAUCUUUGUAAGGACUGUAGCGAGCUACUCGUAGACUACUUGUCUCAAUUGCAUCCAUUUUUCAUAAACGUCGGCAAGACAUUACCUAUCUUGGAUAUUUUAGAGGUGACAGAAGCAGUUGCACAUGUCAUUGCUGUCAUCCCUACCAGCGAACUACUCAAGGCUCUACAACUUUUCUGUUUGCCUUUGGCGCAAAAACUUCACGACGUGGCGGUUAAGGGGAAUGAAGCUACUGAAAAAGAUCAUCGGGAUGCUGCAGACUUGUUGGAGCAAAUUAACAUUUUCUUGCAAGUCAUUCAACCUGAAAUUCCCAUGAACGAAACGCACCCCUGCGUUGCAUUCAUCAACGAGUUAUGGCCGGUUUUCGAUUUGUGUCUUUCUAACUUUGGAGCGGACCAAUCAGUUUCCGAAUCUUUGUGCAAAUGCUUCAAAACGUGUGUUAUUUCCUACCGAAUGCAUUUCGUACCACUUCUGCCUCAGCUUUUGCAACGUAUAGUGAACGUGUUUGCUCAAACUGGAAUGAGCGCCUACCUCUGGGUUGCUGGUCGAACGAUUCGUGAAUACGCAAUGGAAGGUACAGAUGGUGUAGCACCUUGCUUGGAACUUGUAGAACAAUUGAGUAGCCCAACGUUCGCCAUGUUCGGCAUUAAAUCAUUUGACGAUAUCCCUGACGUCGUGGAGGAAUAUUUCAGAAUGCUGGUCAGCUUUUUGAACAGUGCUCCAUCUGCCCUGAUCCAGAGCCCACUUCUUCCGACUAUCUUCCAAGCUGGGUUGGCUGCACUCGCUGUCCAACAAAUGGAUGCCAUAAAUGCUGUGCUUACAUUUCACCGAACACUACUCAACAUCGGGGUUCCAGAUGCACAAACCACACCAAAGAUGUCUCCUAGAGCCUCCUCCGAUAAUAUAGCUCACUAUAUGCCGACUUUGAGUGCUUCUGAGAUUGCUAUGGCCGCGCAACGAAACGCAGCCGUGGUCCGCUCGCUCUUCCAGGAGUUCGGACUUCAGUUCACAAACCAACUUUUUGAUGGUUUAAUCAACCACUUCCCUCGAGAUGUUGUCCAGGACGUCGCUGCUAUUCAAAAAUUGCUAGUUCAAAUGCUCCCAACAGAGAGCAGUAAAUGGAUGAUCUCUGUAGUGGAGAACUUCCCUGCGCAAACCAUGACGGCUGCUGAGCGACAGACUUUCCUCACUGAUUAUACCAAGGCUAUUCAAGAUCGACAAUGGCCAAAAGUUCGACGGGUAUUGACUGACUUCGUAAACGCAUAUCGCCGCAAACACACCUCACGCGAAGCUCCAAGAAGAGUAGCAUCUAGCGCUACGAUCUAAGCUUGUAGUUAAAUUAGGAGAACAACAAUAAAAAGUUAAACUUAGAUAAUUUCAGUCAUUUUAAAAUUUUCUUUCAUAUAAAAUAAAAUUGAUCGCUCAUAUACCGUUGUAGUCAUU